AUGAUCUGGAGUGUGAGAAAUAUGGCCCAUGUGGACUUUGAGGCUUUAAGAGGCACUCAAACGGUCUACAAGCCGGGAAAGAACGACUCCGAGUUCUUCAAAAGUUCGAGACAGGCUCAACUUGAUAGGAACUGGGAAAACCUAAAUGUCAAGAUUGACAAAAGAGAAGUGAUCUACACCACAAACCAAUAUACCGUGGCUGCGAUCAUCACCAAGCAUUUCAUCACUCAAGCGAUGAGAGAUAAGUUAAGCAAUGAAACUGAUUGGUUGGACCUCAAGGAAGACCAUGUGAUGCUUCUGAAGCGUAUCAAGACGUUCAUGACCAUCACAGACGAGACCGAGUGGCAACACUUUGGACUCAUGGAAUCUCUCAAGAGAUUCACAAACUGCACUCAGAAGCAAAAUGAGUCUGUGAACAAUUACAGAAGGCGGUUCGAAGCUCAAGCUGACCAAGUAUUCGAAAUCCUUGGCACCGAUGUGUUGCAUGUCUAUGCGACCAAAACAAUGGGAUACCUGGAUCUGUACGAUCCGGAGGCCGAUCCGGACGAUAUCAAGGCGCUCCAAGACAAGUUCAAGAAAGAAGUUCUGGGCACAUUUAAAGCAAGUGCAUUUUUCUACAACUGCGACAGAAAGAAAGGUCCGACAACACCGAGACCUACUCCAAGCGCAACCACUGCAAGCAGCAGUGCCCCUGACGGAGUGAGCAACACACAGGCAACUGCUCGAACGACAUCUUCACGACCGGCUUUUAGUUGCUGGUGUUGCGGAGAUACUGGCCAUGGGGUCACCGGUUGUCCCGAACGCUCCACACGCCCACAAGCGGAAUGGAGCGACCCAGGACGAUACAGCGACGCACCCACUACUACUACUACAAGACGAGCGGGGAGAGCCAAUCUCCAAGUCCCUGUGACUGCAUCUGCGGCGCAGUCGGAUGCCGCGUCUAGCGUCACUGGAACGCAAUCAACUGGUCACCAACAUCGAAGCAAUAUGCAACGAGCUGUUGUUGACAGAAGUGGAAAUAGCUCUUCUGGUACUACGGAUGUAACCGGUUCUUAUGUGGUACGAGGCAGAUCUGUCGCUGAUGGACGAUCUGAUGGUAGGAUUACAGGAUGGAACCUUGCACAAGUAUGUGUAAGACCGAUUCUGAAGAAGAAAGCAGUCUCCACUGAAGACAGGGGAGAGUUGCUAAUGAAGAAAUGGCAAGCACAACUAGAAGCUGCCAGUAGAGAGUUGCUAAUGAAGAAAUGGCAAGCACAACUAGAAGCUGCCAGUACUUUCAAGGACAAUGAUAGCAUGGUCAGCGAUGCAAGCUUGAACAUGCAGAUCUACAAGUCGACCUUGAAGAUGGAUUCAUUGAAGCACUGUUCUCAAUGGACCAAAGACAACAAGAAACCUUUCAAGUCUAAUGGAAGUAAGCACUGGGAUAUCGAUCUUGGUGUGCAUCUUGAUUCUGGAUCUACGUUCAGCCUACGAAUGAACAAAGAUUAUGCCAAACCGGGCACUGUGUCUGACCUGGAUUACAUGUUCAACUACGGUACGAACACUGGCCAACGUGAUCUGCAUCAACAGGUCGAAUCAAGUGAUAUCAAAGGACACACUUGCUUGCUUGAUACUGAAGCGCAAUGUAACCUUGAUAGUUUAUCCGAGCUUGUGAAGCUUGGAUUCCAUGUCGUUAUGGACACUGAUAUUGAAAACUCCUUCAUCGUUACGAAGGGGGAACAAAGAAUGAGGUAUGUACAUCAAAACGGAUUGUAUACUUUCGUGCCCGAUGGUAGGGCAGAGAGUGAUGAAGGGUCCGAAUACUCUGAAUGUGAAUACAGAGAAUGCGGAAAUUGUGACUGUGACGCAAUUGGUGUCACACACACUGAAUGCCAUAAAUAUGGUGCUAUUUUCUGUGGUAGAAUUUUAAAAAUUAGCUAUUCCGAUUCCGAUUAUUGUGGCAUACAGACGGUACGGGAGAAUAUCGAAGGCUUCACUGAUAAACAAGUUGAGCGGGCUAAUCGCGCACGAUCAGUGUAUCAUAUGGCAGGCGCACCAGGAGUUCAAGCGUUUCGUAUUGCAGUAAGAUCUGGUCUGUUCAAGAACUGCAACGUGAAUGAUUAA